AUGAUUAGCUCACUCUUUGCUUUUUGCCAUGAUGCAGUCGAGUACACCGAUCCUUCGGGACUCUUCCCUCUGGUCCAGCCUGUGAUUGCAGAGAAAAUCCCCCUGAAGAACCUCCAUUGGAAAUCCCCCACCCGUCCCGUCCGAUCCAUCGAGUCCCUCCGCAUCGGCUUCGCCCCGGCGCAGCAUGAAUCAGACGAGCGCAAGUCUUCCAGCGACGGCGCCGGCGGCGCGGUGCCCCAUCGCCGACACCAGAUCCCCGGGUUGCGCCAAACACCCUACCUGAAAGUGUACAUCCUCCGCUGCGACGACAACGACACGUACAGAAGCACGGCGCGGAAGGCAUUGCGCGACUGGAUCAAAUCGCACACAUCGUCGUCGACCCCCAGCACCACGACCAGCAGCAGUCAGGAGAAACAUGACGCCUUCGAAUGGCUGAUCCUCCAUGUGGUGCAGGACGGGGACGGCACCGAGAAAGUCGCACCGACCUCCAAAUGGGGCCGCACCACCACCACGGUCCUCGAGAAAGUCAAGGCCGAUUUCAACGGGACGUCCAAGUCGGCCGUCGACCGGGUCGCGCAGAUCCGGCUCCCGAAGCAGGGUGCGACGCAGAAACCGCCUGAGUUGGCGGACCAGCUCGAGGACUUUGUCGAGAAGAUGAAAAAUGCCAUCCUAGCGUCGUUUGAUCUCCGCGUGGCGCAGUAUGAGGAUGAUAUCAAGGAGAAGGACUCGCAGCGGGCAUUGCCUGGGUGGAACUUUUGCACCUUCUUCAUCCUCAAAGAGGGUCUUGCGAGGGGUUUCGAGAACGUCGGAUUGUUUGAAGACGCGUUGCUCGGGUAUGACGAACUCGCCGUUGGUUUGGAUACAGCUAUCCAGGAGCAGCUUGAUGGCUCUGGGGAGCAGCAUGGAACGACGUUCCUCACGUAUAGCAAGGAUUGGCAGGAAAAGGCAAAGGCUGCGCUGGGGUCUGAGUCCACGCCGAAGGAUGACGAUGAUGCAGAGCCGGUUCCCAUCUCCGAAAUUGAUACGCAGGAUUUCCCGAUCGAUUCGACCAAGAAGUCCUAUCGGGAAAUGAUCCUAGCGAGCAACAUCUCUAUCUUUGACUUCCGCACCUACAUCUUCUCGCGACAGGUAACUCUUCUUCUGAGAGCCGCCAGGGCUCCUUCGCUUGUCAAAAAGGAGUCAGAGGCGGGCCAGGCAGCUGUAAAGAUCCCGAAAAAGCCCGAGGACCUGAUGCUAUUGUCCGAAAUUUGCGAAAGGGCCACCGAGUUCAUCAGCUUUGGGGCGCGGACCCUGCGACAAGACUUGGAAUCUGGUUUGACUGACGUGGAUCAUGCUGGCAAGUCGGACGUCAUCAACAAUCUGGUGUCAUCGUGGGCGUACGCUACGGCUUCCCAGAUCUUGUCCCAAACAGCGACACCAACCCUCACACUUCCUGGCUCGUCUCUGCACGCCAUCAGUAAGUCUGCGGAGGCCGCUGCCGAUUCCAAGGCGAACAUCCCCCGUCGUUCGAGUUCAUUGGUCGGUCCACCUACGACUCGUCCUGCCCGGGCCAACACUCUGCCAUUAGACUCCCAGGAUGCUUCAAGGCCGGUGCACACCGUUACGCCAAAGACUGGCUCAGAGCAACUGGCGUCAGGGAGAGGAGAGCUGUUGUUCAUGGCUAGACGGCUGUUGGAGGAGAUUGCCGGACGCUGUGGCUGGAAAGAGAAAUGGAACGAUCUCGGUCUUCUUUUUGAUGACAAAGAUGGAGACGAUGGAGACAUGGCAGAGGUGUCACUCGACGAGGAGACUCCGACACCCCCGACAGUCUCCCAGCCAACACAUACUCUCUCGGGUGUCGAGUUGUCUGCUCUAAAGAAAGCGCUGCGUUCGAGAAAGACCUUCCGCGCCCACUACGAGGAAAUCACCGACCAGAUGUAUCGGCAUUAUAUCACGGCCAACCGCACCUACUCGGCGCAGAUGGCGUUGGCGGACAUGGCGCUCUUGCGGUUUAGACAAAGCGACUACGUUGCAGCGGCCUCGUAUUUCCACCAGAUUACACCCUUCUACGGCAACAAAUUCUGGCUCAUGCUGGAGGGCGUGAUGUUGGAGAUGUACUCGCGGUGUCUCAAGGAGCUCAACCGGACGGAAGAGUAUGUCCGAAUGCUCCUGCGUCUGCUCGCCAAAUUCGCAGUGCACAUGCAGGCGGGUUUGUCACCGCGACAGAAAACCCUAGAUGCUUCGCACAUUUUCUCCGAGAAGCCUGCUGUCGGCGAGUACGUUGACGAACUGUUCAAGGCGUCAGUCUCGCUGCAGAAGGAGGUUUCGGCCCCGUUGACUGAUUUCUUCGCGGAUGUGGAUGUGUCGCCUGUGAUCUUGCAUCACGAGGACAGCGAUGGCUUUCAGAUGCAGCUGUCUCUGCGGUUUCUUCUAGGCAAGCGGAUCGAUAUUGACUCGGUCAAGAUCCGGCUUGUCAGUGCCGGCAGUGGCCAGAACAGCGAGUACUGGAUCGAGGCACCGACCAAGACAACUAUCAAAUCGUCUUCCACCAAGGUGCUGGUGAACUCUUCGACGACACUACAAGGAAAAUACUUUGUCGACAGGAUCGAGGUGCGUGCUGGUACCGUUCUAUUCGCCCACGGAAGUGGAAAACACCCUGCUUUGCCUGUCGGAUUCAGGGAAGUUGUGGACGCGGAUGAAGAUACUCGGCCGUACAUCUACUGCUACCCACCGCCGCGAGGCCUAAAGGCGAAGAUCGUGUCGCCUCAUCUGAUUAAUCUGGAAGCGAUGCGCACGCUGGAGCUGGAACUCCACAGCGGAUGGAACGACAUCCAGUCUGGGUCGAUUCGGGUGAGACCCGCGACUGCUGGGCUUCGGCUGAGAGUGGCCGAGAUCGAGGUGGUCGAGGGAGAGAUCGAAGUCCGACCCAGCGGUGAGUCGGGAGGCAUCGAGUUCUCGCGUCUAGAAGCGGAUACCUUGGUGCGGUUACGGAUUCCAUAUACGGUGGAGGAGCCUCACCCGACGCUCUCUGCGCGGGCGGAGAUCUCCUACGAGACGUCUCGCGGACGGUUUUUCUACUCUUCUACGCACAGCAUCGUGUCGGGAUUACCGAUCAGCGUCAAUGUGCAGGAUACGUUCAAGGACCAGGUCCUGUUCUCCCGGUUUACGAUCAGCCCGGCGAUGAUGAUUCCUCUGCGGAUCCUGGCGUGCGACAUCCCCAGCUCGGACGUCUACCGGGUGCAGUCCAACAUGGGCAAAUCGGUCUCGCUGAACGUCUUUCCCAAGCAGCCGGCGUCGCUGCUCUACAAGAUCCAACAGCGCGAGGAACACGUGGCGUCGCCGGGAUCGCGACGGUCGCUGCGCCUCAGCGUCGAUUUCACCUGCAUCGACGACGAAUGCUUUGACGCCGUCGAGAAGACGUUUGGCGCCAGCAUCGCGGCCAGCGAGUUCCAGCCGUAUAGCGCCCUCCUGACGGCACAUCUCGUCGAGGCGUUCCGGACGGAGCUGACAACCGCCGACAUGGAGGUCAUCGGGCUUGUCCGCGAGGUGGAAACUCUGCCGUACGCUACGGUGCGGUGGGACCGCUUGUUGGGGGCAUUGAAGGCGCCGCUGGACGGACUGAAGACGUGGCUGAAAGAAUGGCAUCAGGCCCACCCGGUGAUCGCGCUCCCGGACGAACCAUCCAUUCGGCGGCGACACAUUGUCAUUCCCGUGGACAUUCCCGAAGUGCAAGUGGUGCAUACGGCGGAGCUGCGACUGCACAACUUGGCCAACCACCCCCCUCACGCAGCGGUCGGACAGAUGAUCGCGGCGGAGCUGAGACUACGUCAUACGCGGCGGUGGUGCUCGCCGGGGCAGCGCGAGCAGGGCGAUGGACCCCUCGAAUUUUCGUAUGAGAUGCACGCCAACCCGGAGCUGUGGUUGGUGGGGGGCCGACGGCGGGGGAACUUCACGGCGCCCGAGGGCGAGACGGUCACAUUCCCGGUGAUGCUGCUGGCGCAGAAGGCGGGGCAUCUCCUGCUGCCGGGAUUGGAGAUACGCACGUUUGUGCCGACCAGAGCUGACGGUGGUGUUGGCGGCGGUGGUGGUGGUGCGGCGGUGGCGCGGCGGCAGAUUGCAUGCGAGGUGGACUACCGCAACCACAGCGAGACGGUGUUGGUGCUGGCGGAUCUGCAAACCACGACGGUGAGUUUGAGUUUGAGUAGUGCGGGAGGGAGUAGUAGUAGCAGCAGUCAUGGGGCGGCAUGGUUGGUGGAUUCGGAGCGACGGGGUAUGAGCCUACGGAGUACCUAG